AUUUUGGCGAUAUAUCCAGUGGACGCGCGUUCUAGCGGACCUGCGCCUGUCAAGCAGUCGCUAGCAGUCGGCAGCAGUCACGAAUGGUUGACCUGUGCAGUUGACUGUGCUGGUUGACCGAUCGUGCGGUAUUAAUCGCGCUUUUCUCCUACGCGCUUUCCAAACAUUUAUUCUUACUUUUCGGCACGUUAAUCGUAUAGGAAGUUUAUCUUAUAAAUAAGGUGAUGAUUAGAAUCGUGAAUGGGCUAGGCUUCGCAUCGGUCAGGUGAGAGACAGGUGGAUGGAUUGAGGAGAAUCGCCAGUCGAAAUACAAUCUAGGGUAAGGGAGUAGCAACCUCUUGGGGCCAGGGCCAGUCACGUGACCCAUAUGUUUACCAAAAUGGUGAACGUUCACCGUUUGGAACGUACUUCGCUAUUUUAUCGAGCUUCCCUCUCGUACAAUGAUGAGAUCGAGCGAGGAUACACGGCAAUUCGAGUGAUCUAUUCAUUUUUACAUCAACCUUCGCAGCUGCCACUAAUUUAAGUUUUGAUGUCUUAAUAUUUUGUUACCUUGUGCUUGGUUUGGUAACGCGGAGAGUCGUGAGCGAAAGUUUGAAAGUGGACGAAAGAAACUAUUGCUUUCCGUGUAUUAUAGAAGCAACCGUUGCUCCUACCUGAAAAUGAUUUUAAUUAUUAAUGGCGAUGACAACAUUCUUCAACACGGUUGUGAAUGAAGUCUUAAAUGGCCUAACUGGGUUUGCCAAGAAUGUUUAAUGUGAUGUGCGAUAGUUUUAUCUACAGAUGAUCUCUGAUAUAGGUUAGUGCAAAUGGAAAGUACAUUAAAAGACGUCUAAAUGACACAAAGUGUCUUAGCAUAGCGCUGUGUGCUACGGCCAAGCAUCGCUAAAGAUGGCCACGUAUCAAGUUGACUAUCAGUGGGCUUACUCUAUAAUGGAUUCAUCCAGAAUAUCCACUUUCCUAAUUUCAAUUCUACUGAUAGUCUAUGGCAGUUUCCGAUCCUUAAAUAUGGAACAGGAAGCAAAAGAAAGAGAGAAAGAAAAGCAACGUAGUGGAAUGUUGAGUAAUAGUAGUACUGGAAACACAGGUGGUGCUAACGGAGGAAGAAUCCAAACCUUAGAUACAAUGCAUGCUCUCUGUCUACCUCUUGGUGCUUCCAUUUCUCUACUCGUCAUGUUUUUCUUUUUUGAUAGCAUGCAAAUGCUCUUAGCAAUAUGUACAGCCAUCAUAGCUACAGUUGCUUUGGCAUUUCUUCUACUACCCAUGUGUCAAUAUAUAAUUAGACCCUGCACAGAUGGAAACAAAAUAUCCUUUGGCAUUUGUGGAAGAUUUACAGGAGCGGAAUUACUUUCAUUUUCACUCAGUGUGAGCAUAGUAUGUAUAUGGGUACUGACAGGACACUGGUUACUCAUGGAUGCAAUGGGCAUGGGCCUUUGUGUAGCCUUCAUUGCAUUUGUUCGAUUACCAAGUUUAAAAGUAUCUACUUUGCUUUUAACUGGACUUUUGAUUUAUGAUGUUUUCUGGGUCUUCUUUUCAUCUUAUAUAUUUAGUGCAAACGUAAUGGUUAAGGUAGCAACUAGACCUGCUGAUAAUCCAGUAAGUCUUGUCGCCAAAAGAUUGCACUUAGGUGGUGUAGCUAGGGAGGCUCCAAAACUUCCUCUACCAGGAAAGCUGAUGUUUCCUUCAAUGCAUCAAGCGGGACAUUUUUCAAUGCUAGGUCUUGGUGAUAUCGUUAUGCCAGGUCUUUUACUCUGCUUUGUGUUGAGAUAUGAUGCAUAUAAAAAGAGUCAGCUCUUGCCUGGUGGUUGUGAAACAGGAGUUCCACCACCACGACACUUCAACCGUAUUAGUUAUUUUCAUUGCUCCUUAAUUGGUUAUUUUCUUGGUUUGCUCACUGCUACUGUAAGCUCUGAGGUGUUCAAAGCUGCACAGCCUGCCUUAUUGUAUCUCGUGCCCUUUACCCUUCUGCCACUACUGACAAUGGCUUAUCUAAAGGGGGAUUUACGUCGGAUGUGGAGUGAACCAUUCAUAUCUCAACAACCUUCUAUAUACAUGGAAGUUUGACAAGAGUCAAGGCUCUUGAAAAAUAAUAACACAAGAUUCAUUGUCAUUUAAAAUUUUUAGUUCUGGUCUUUGUCAGUAUCACUUUAAGUAAGUAAGAUUUUCCAUACAUGACACAUUCAGAGUUUUUUAAUAUCAUUGAUUCAUAAAAAAGCUAAUACAUGUUCGAAAAUUAACCAGGACAUUACAUAGUGCACCUAAGAAUUUCUCUUAUAGAAUUAAUUUUCAUGAACAAAGUAAUGUUAAGAGUGGAGUACCGUUUAUGCACAAGUUGUCAUUUUUUUCUUUUCUUUCCUUUCUUUUUUUUAUAUAUAUUUUUUAUACAUUAAAAUAAGAAAGAAAUAAUUUUUUUUAACGUAUUUCCAAAAUACCAGCCAAUACUCGUAUUUUGUCAGCAUUCUUUACAUAUAUCUUAAAGUGUUGAUGUCAAGUAUGAGUAGAGUAUGUGUGGUAGAUAAUUGAGAGUAAACAAUAAGUAUUCUAAAAUUUAUUAGAUACGCGAAACUAUAAAUAUUAUUAUUUGGAAGAACAAAUUCUACUUGCUUCUCGUUUCAGUUUUAUUAUUAUUAUUAUUACUAUUAUUAUUAUUAUUAUUAUUAUUAAUAAUAUUAUUAUUAUUAUUAUUAUUAUUACCAUCAUUAUCAUUAUUAUUAUUAUUUCUUUUCUAUUUUUACGAGAAUGUAUGUGCAAAUUGAAAACAUUGAAGUAAUUGAUCUGGAUAUAAAUGGAAAAUACUUAAUAGUCACUCCACUCUAUAUUGAUGCUUCAGCAGCAGAAGAUUGCAUAGAAUAUUUUUUAUUUAUUAUUUACGGAGCAUCGGAUGAAUUGUACGUAACACCGAAUGAUGAUUAAACUAAUAUACAUUUGUUUGAAAAUUUAAUUCGAAAUUCAGUGAAUAUGUGUGAGUAGGUUGUGACUUUCUUUGAAAUUAGGUUAGUAUAGGAAAAAGCAAUGUUUAUGUAAAUAUAUCAUUUUCAUAAUUUAAAAAACUCAGAGUUCCAGUUCGCUUUGGCAUUGUGAAUAAGCUUAACUUAUAGAAUUUUUUUACUUGUUCGGUGAAUAAUAAAAUUGAAGAUGUUAUUGAAUUGCAAAAUAAUCAGUGUGAAAAUAACAUGAUUAAAAACGAACUGUAUAUUUGGGUUUUUAUUCCGAAGAAGUAUACCCAAUUUUAAAGAAAAAUUAAUUCUUUGAAUAGCUUCCUAAGCACUUGCUAUGGAUAGGAUACUUGAAAGACUUUAUAUGUUUAUUUAAAGACAAGACUGAAAAUAAUGUGUAUAAAAAUCAAUUUAUCGAGAGAUUUUUCAAGAACAAAUUUUCUUUAACUUUUGCCUGCAUCAAUUUAUAACAUAGUAGGUUGACAUAGUAUAAUACUACAUAAUAUUACAUUAAUGCAGUAUAAUACAAUAUAGUAUAAAACAGUAUAAUAUAAUACACAAUAUGCUAUGACACAGUAUAAACAGAUCAAAUAAUUCGCGAUUUCAUACAGAUUAAAUAAUCAGUGUUUAUCAAUUGAACUUACAUUACGCAAAACAAAUGUAUAUGACAUAACAACUCAUCUUAUAUUUCUUUAAAACAUAUAUAUUAUAUUAUUACAUUGUAACAAAUGUUGAGAGAAAGAUUUAUUUGUAUAUCAUGAUUCUAGAGUAUAAUUUUAUGUUUUCAAAAUAAGCAAACUUUUGCCAAGAUUGUUAAGAUGCGUUUAGAUCAAUCGCGCUAAUAUACAUGGUAAUCGUGCAGGUCUGCAAAAACAGUUGCGAAUGUUGCAAACCUUUUUAACGUAGGUUAUUAUUCGUGCACUUGCGUACGAUAUAUCUGCAAUAUUAAUAAUUAUAUCAAGCGGUUCGGCACGCUUUCUUCUGAGCGCACCUUCAUAUUUUUUAACAGUACUUCCUUAUGUUCGUAAAAAGUAACAAUGGCAGUAAGUGAUAAAUUAUUUUGUACAGUAGCAACAUAAACCAAAAAGUAUUUGAUUUUCUUCCUCAUAUGGUAAUUUACAUAUGUGGUUUUAAAAUAAAAAGAAAAAAGAAAAAUACAAUGCGCGUUAUUUGUUAUUAUGCAAAUGAAAUAAUUAGAACAAAAAACAUUUUCAAUAGCAUUGUGCAAAUAAAAGCAUUGGAAAUUGUCAAGAUUUAUCGUAAAGAUUAAUUUCAGUUUCAUGCUAAAUGUAUGUAUUAGAAUUAAAUUACUCCCAUUCUCAAUCUGCUUCUUUGAUGGUGUUUUAGCGAUAGAUCCAAAGUGUCUAGUUGUGAAAAUAUUUUAAAUUAAAUACACUUUUUGGUACAUAAAUUAUUUAAUUUUUGCGUAAUAUUAUCCGAUAUUUCCCAUUUUCUGUUUAUCUACCUGUCCAUAGCACAAAAAAGUUUUCCUUUUAUCAUGAUAUAUUAUACGUUAUCGAAGUAUGUUGUCUUCAGUCGGAUCGUGUUCUCGAUAGAUAAUUUAUUUCUCUGUACGAGUAUUUUUCGAACUUGAUUUUUUAAUACUAUAUAUCGAUAACACUUAUGUGUAAUACGAUUAAAAAAAAAAAGAAAAAAAAAUAUCUAUAUAUAAGAUAAGUUUUAGAUUAAUCAUUCAGUUGUAUAUAUAAUUAAUUAAUCUAAGAAUAUUUAAAUUUACAUCACGAAUUUCUUCCCACUCUUGAAAGUAAGAUAUUAUCUCUAAAGAUAUGUAUUGAAGCAUAUUUUUAGAUUAAAUUAAGUACCAUUUAAAAUAUAUCGCGCUAUCAAAUAUAUAUAUAUAUAUAUGUAUAUAUAUAUAUAUAUAUAUAUAUAUAUAUAUAUAUAUAUAUAUAUAUAUAUAUAUAUACAUAUACAUAUACAUGAAAACGUUUCUGCAAUUAGGAAGAAAUCUCAUGAAAUUUCUUCAUCCAGAAGAUGCAUUUAUAUAGUAGUAUUUGUAUUUCAUUGUUCUCAUUCUAAUAUUAAUUUCAUUCAUAAAUAUGUUAUUUUGUAUAAAAGAAGAAGGAAGAAAAAUCUAAUAUUAUAAAUUAAAUCGAUUAAAUCACAACUUAGUUUACUAUACAUUAAUGAAAAAUGCGUUAUCUGUAGACAAGUAUUUAAAUUAUGUAUAACGAACCACAGUUUCGUAGAAGACAGCGAUAUAGUUAUUAUUUACUAUGGAACUUCGUGCAAAGUCUGAAAUUUUAUCGACAAAAAACUGUUCGUUAUGUAAAUUUAAAAAGAAAAAAUAUAUACAUAUAUAUAUAUAUAUAUAUAUAUAUAUAUAUAUAUAUUUAUGAAAAAAGGGCGCAAAAUAAUUCUUCGAUUUUUUUAACCCAAAGAUAAACAAGAAAUUAAAAAAAGAAUGCAUACGUAUGAUAGGCAAAGAAAAAACAAAUAUCAUGUUUAAUGAAAAGUUGAAAAUUGAAUCGCGCAUUAGGAAUUAAAUACCGUAAGAUAUAAUUAAAAUAUUAAACAAAGAAGAAAGGAAUUAAGUACGCGCGCCUAUUUGUCCCGUUGAAAAUUUUGAUUCUGAUUUUGACAUUCUGUGUACAUCGAUGUACGUUUAUAUAUAUAUAAAACGAUAGAUAGCCAUUUUCGUUUGUGGCUGUGUUUAAUAAGUAAUUUAUUAAAUGUUUAUUAAUGUUUAUUAAACAGA